AUGGCUCAAGGACUUGGAACACCAGCAUCGCAAAAGCGGAAGCGAAAGUCGAAGCAGACGCCAAACCAUCAGAUGCAGCAACAUCAGAGGACGCCAAUUUGUGGAUCAAAACAACAAGCAACGCCAAAGUUCGGACCUCAACAGCAAGGACUGUGGAAACCACAAUCAAAUCAAGUAGAAACACCGAAUGAUGAACCAGAGCCAAAUAAAAAGAAGCGAAAAUCAUCAAGUCAUCAAAAGCAGCAAGAAAAUCACCAGACAGCCCAAGAUGAGACAAGGGCCGAUUUGAACAAUCAGCUAGUACUCUCGGAGCAGCCAAAAGACCAAGUCUUGGAUUUUUCUGGCCAGCUCAUGGAGUUAUUGCAGGCUAGAUUAGACUCAGGACUCGAGAAACUCUGGAAGAAGUUCGAGGACCAUCAUUCUAGGAAAUGUUGUAUGCAUUGCAAGGAAGACCCAAAGCUAGGUUUCGUAGUGAUGCGGGAACAACACGAGCAACUUACCGAAGACGUCAAGGAAGAAUUUACAACUGUUAAGAAGGAGCAAACGUUGAUAAACAUCAAAGUUGACACUUACAAGACCAGCGAGAUGUCAAGGAGAGAAUUCAAGAUUGUGCGAGACACAAUGCGCGAAUUAGAAGCUCAAGGUGUACCCAUACACGAGCGUUUUGGAUUCUGCGAGCAGAGCUUCAAGGAGAAAGGAUUUGAACGAACUCCUAAGGCCUGCAAAAGUCUAUGGUACGAGAAAUUUGACCCUGAAGUCAGGUGCAGCGUUUUUGGCCGGUCAAGUUGGUCCAAGGAGGAGCACGAGAUUCUGCAGAGCUCCAUGAAAGAAUUGACGGGAGAUGAUGGUCUGAAGCGUGAUCGCCACCGGAUCUGCCAGAAACGGCUGGAAGAGAAUGGCUUCAAGCGAUCAAGACAAGCCUGUGUGGCGCGUUAUAACAAGCAAAGGAUCAGUGAGAUACUGAACGGAACAGGCGAGCAUGCGGUUGACAAUAUACCCGAAGCCAUUCACGACGAACCCUUUAAACCAUCCGAUCGUACUCUUCAAAACUCCUUUCCAGCGUCUGCAGCUACAGCCAAUGCUAGACCAGCAAACUUCAGAUGCUACGAGUGGAUGCAGAUGAACUUUGAGCCUGAUCCAGCGGUACUGAGUCAUACUGUGGAUCAGAUGGCCCUUGAUAAAUCUCUUGCAAUGUCCGUAUCCCAACUGAGUAACGACGAAGAAGAACCCUCUGGAGACGUAAUUGCAGCUGACCUGGCUGAUGCGGUAGCCGAAGGGAUUGCCGAACACUGCGAGGAAACUACUACCGGUUGGAGUCACAUGGACAUUGGCUUCCGGAUCGCGGACAGUGACUAA